AUGGCCGAUGUUACGCAGGGGACCUCGCGUGGCGUUCGGAAACCUCGCAAAUCCCGCGGCCGCGGCCUGCGGGCCACCACCGGCUGCCUCAUUUGCAAGCGGCGUCACGUCAAAUGCGACGAGGCUCGCCCCCAGUGCGGUCCUUGCGCCAAAGGACAACGCGACUGUGUCUACGGGGGGACCGAGAGCCAUCCGGCCACCCCGAGCGCAGGGGUCGCCGCGACCCCCGUCCCUGCACCACACCACUCACCCCUUUUACAGCCACUAACCACCCCAGCACUGCAUGAGCCGUUACGCGUGCUGGUUGAUGCCUGCCAGCAUGAACAACCAGUGCCAGAUCCGGCGCCGUCCACCCACAGGGCAUCUAUCCCGGCAUCUCCAGCCCUGCAGAAUAGCCAAACAUUGACGCCAGACUUUGGUGGGCCCCGAAACAACCGCAUAUCCCCUCCUACCUCAACACAUGAAUACGGCCAUUCCCCUGGCACCGAUUCCACAGUCUCGACGCGACUGGCUCCAUUGAGCUGGUUCGAGCUGCUGGCGAACGAUGCCGUGAACGCGGAUCGAGGCUUUCUGCUAUCACCGCCCCAGCGAGUUGCCAACUCAGCAGGCGAAGUGCCAACCAGCCACCUGUCGGACUCAAAUCUCCAACCGCAAAGCCUUCGGCAGUACGAGAGUUUCCGAGCAGCAUCUUUUGAGCAGGACCCCGAGUUUCAGAAUAGACUGACAGCCGCAGCCGAUAACCAACCCAGACUUCUCUCCGACGAUCCCUCGUCAUGGACAGCCCCUGGCCCGGUCCAGCUAUCCACCCAGGAAUACCACAUAUUCAAGCACUUCGUGCGGAACAUGAGCUCAUGGUUCGACUUCUUCGAUCCGAGCGCACAGAUAUCGACCAAGGUCCCACAACUGGCCAUGAGGAACACGGGUGUAAUGAAGGCGCUCCUGGCCGUCUCGUCCCGCCAUCUCUCCAUAUGGCAUAAGGAUGAAGGCCGAGGCGCCGGAGUAGUCAGACACAAAGAUGACGGGACCAAGUCAGAAGAGUUCCCGGUCGCGGACCGCGACAUGGCGGCCCAGUACUACCACGAGACGCUGGAAUACUUGAACAAGGCGAUGCGGUAUCCCAGUUUCGCCUUCAGCCAUGAAAUCAUUUCCACCGCGUUCUUGAUCAGCACGUACGAGAUGAUCGACGGCUCGAAUCGGGACUGGGAGCGGCAUCUGAAGGGGGUGUUUUGGAUCCAGAGAUACCAGAACAACGACGGCGAGUGUGGGGGUCUGCGCCAGGGCGUCUGGUGGGCGUGGCUGCGGCAAGAUGUCUGGGUGGCGAUGCGCGAACGCCGCCGAGUCUUCACCUACUGGAAGCCCAAGCGACAUGUAUCCACGCUGACGGCUCCGGAGCUAGCCUGUUUCGCGUCAUACCUGCUGGCGCAGUGCGUCAACUAUGCCUCGCGCGAAGAAGCCAAUAAAGACAUAGCAGCUCGUCUGGAGAGGGGCACCGAGCUCCUGUACAUGCUCCAGGAAUGGCAGGACUGCCUGACUCCGGAGUACACUCCACUCCCAACCGCACAGCACGCAGACGUCUUCCCCCCGAUCUGGGUCCACCCUGCGCCCUACGCGGCAGCCCUGCAGCUCCACAGUUUAGCUAGAAUCCUGGUUAUCUCCCAUCGGCCGUCCAUUGGCGGCUUCCAAGACUACCGGGCUGCGCAGAAGCUGCUGACCGCAUCGGUAAACACCAUUUGUGGAAUUGCUCGGAACGUAAGCGAGGACGACCUGGCCGCUAGCCUGAUGUCUCUUUAUUGUACCUUUGGGGCGGGGAUGAGCGUCCAUACGCCUCAUGAGCGGGCUGUCUUGCUCGACCUCAUCGACAUCUUCGAGCGCAGGGUCUGUUGGCCCCGAUACUCGCUGCGGGAUGUUCUGGAGACGGAAUACCAGAAGGACGGAUUUGCGGGGUUCACGGGCUGA